GAGACUGGUGUGUGAAAUCCAAGAAUGAGGGGAACCCUAUCCUUGGUCAGCGGGGGUGAGGAGUAUGCAAGAGAAACCAAUCAGCCACAGCAACGUUUCAGGUGUGGUCUUUCUCACAAUGCAACUACUUUGCACUCAAUUCUUUUUAUAAAUGUCUUUUGCUUUUUUGCAGAGAGGUAACGCACCAGUGCACCAGAGUUACAGCUGAUUGUUCAUUCCAAAAUGUGUCCACCAUGGAACCCAUCAAGCGAGAAGUGGUUUAUGAAAUAAUUAGAGUGAAGACCCAUAACGUUACCGCACUGGGGCAAUUCCCAUUGCAAAGUGACAGCCUCUAUGUAGAAGAUUUCAAUGCACAGCACAAUGUCAAUGUUCCAGUUCCAAUCGAGGUAACAAACCACAUUAAAUACAACGUGACUUUCAUUGUUGACAAACUGUCUAUUGAAGAAAUUCAAGCAAAACCUUUAGAAACAGCAACCAUGCUUGCAAAUAAGCUCACAGAUGUGUUUGAGAACAGCAAGAUUAAUGCAACAUUCUUAAAAUGUGACGUGAAAUCAUUCAGAGAGGUAACGCACCAGAGCACCAGAGUUACAGUUGAUUGUUCAUUCCAAAAUGUGUCCACCAUGGAACCCAUCAAGCGAGAAGUGGUUUAUGAAGUAAUUAGAGUGAAGACAGAUAGCAUUUCCUCACUGGGGCCAUACGAACUGCAAAGCAACAGCCUCUAUGUAGACGAUUUCAAUGGACAGCACAAUGUCAAUGUUCCAGUUCCAAUCGAGGUAACAAAUCCAAUUGAAUACAACGUGACUUUCAUUGUUGGCAAUCUGUCUAUUGAAGAAAUUCAAGCAAACCCUUCAGAAACAGCAACAAUGAUUGCAAAUGAGCUCACAGAACUGUUUGAGAACAGCAAUAUCAAUGCAACAUUCUUAAAAUGUGACGUGAAAUCAUUCAGAGAGGUCAUGGCUAACAGCACCAGAGUUACAGCUGAUUGUUCAUUCCAAAAUGUGUCCACCAUGGAACCCAUCAAGCAAGAAGUGGUUUAUGAUGUAUUUAGAGAGAGGACCUAUAAGAUGACCACUCUGGGACAAUAUCCAUUGCAAAUUGACAGCCUCUAUGUUGAUGGUUACACAGUGCAGCCCAUUGUCAUUGUUCCAGUCGAGGAAUCAAAUCCCACUAGUUACAACGUGACAUUCAUUGUUGACAGUCUGUCUAUUGACGAAAUUCAAGACAACCCCUCACAAACAGCAACCAUGAUUGCAUCUGAGCUCACCGAACUGUUCAAAAAUAGCAAUGUCAAUGCAACAUUCUUGACAUGUAUUGUGGAAUCCUUCAGAGAGGAAAUGGUAACCUGCAGCAGAGUGACAGCUAAAUGUUUAUUUCAAAAUGUGCCCACCAUGGAACCCAUCAACCGAGAAGAUGUUUAUGAUAUAUUUAGCGAGAUGACCGAUGGCAUUUCCGCAUUGGGGCCAUACGAACUGCAAAGCAACAGCCUCUAUGUAGACGGUACUUAUCAAAAUAUUCCUUGGUGUUUUCCUUCAUAUUGUAUUUGUCCAAUCUACAGUAACUAUUGAUUUAUAGUCAAGUUCUUUGGUAUUUACAUAUUUAGAUCGGGGACAACCAGGCAUGAUAUCCUAUAGGAUCUGAGAAAGCAAACCUUAAAUUCAUUCACAGUCUUGCUCUUCGGAGCCUGCCUUUGCACAAACACACUGCCUCACUGGUAUGACCCACACACAAAAGGGUUUUCUUCCUGAUAAAUGUUGAAGGAGAGGGAAAAAAUACCCCAUUAAAAAGUUGCAGCUUUUUUAGAAUAAAUAAAGUGCUAGAGUAACUCAGCGGGUCAGACAGCAUCACUGGAGAACGUGAAUGG